AUGUCGCCUUCGCCUACUUCUUCUUCGCUCUCUCCUACACGUCCUACCUCCUCUGUACCACCUUUUUCGCCUUCUUCCUCCUCUACUGCUGCCUCCCCCCGGCCCACUCAAGCCCAAUUAACUCUCGCUGCUUUGGCCAGGUCGCCGUCAUCACCCCGGACUAUGCGAGGCUUGCGCAAGAUCAAGUCCCAUCAGAUCCUCUCCUCCCAUCCACCUCCACCUCCUUCAUCUGGACGUCUCUCGGCUGGCGCGGAGGAGCUUCCCGCGCCCGGACCCCAACUCGAUUCCCCCGUGCGGCUUCGCAGCACUCAUCGCCGCGCACGUUCUAAUAGUGACGCUUCCUCCCGGGAGCCUCCCAUACUCACCGCGCACCGAAGACCCGGUAGAAAGACUGGGUCCGGAUUUGGAGUCAAGCGGUCGUUGCUCGAGUCGCUCUUGCGCGACGGUCCGCAAAAUGGGAACGUCCGAGAAGGACUAGAGGAGCUGCGUUAUCUUGUCCUCUCGACGCGAGUCGAAGCAGACGCAGAUGGCAUGUCUACCUACCGAGUUUAUCUCUGGCUCGUUCUCCUCGAUACGCCGCCCGUAUCGACCGACGAAUACCUGUCACUUAUCCAUCGAGGCCGUUCCCCCGCCUAUGCUAAGAUUCGCAAUGAUACUUUCCGCACCCUAGCCACCGAUCCCCUUUUCAAACGGCGCGUCACAGAAGCCAGUCUGAUCCGACUCCUCAAUGCCGUUGCGUGGAAGCUUCAUGAUGCGAAGAGCAAGCGUCGCGCCCGUCCGCGGCUCUCGACCGGUCGUCGGCGCGAGAUGGAGCUCCUUAUCAAUACACCCCCAAGCAUAGCGGAAGAGCCCUCCCCGAUGGGAAGCACUCCCGGGAGUGUGAUCAGCAACAGCACCAGCAGCGCUUUUGGUAGCCCUGGCAUCACAAAUGAAUCCGCUAUCUACGUGCAGGGAAUGAAUGUACUCUGCGCUCCGUUUCUCUAUGCCGCCCGCAGUGAAGUGGAGGCUUUCGCCUUGUUCCAUUCGUUCAUCCUCCGUGAAUGUCCGAGCUACAUCCGAGGAGCCAUGGAUGGCGUCCACCGGGGUCUGCGACUUGUCGAUCGAUGUUUGGAGAUCGUUGAGCCCAAGUUAGCAGCCUACCUCUUCUCCAAGGGGCUGCAGGCUGAGUUGUAUGCAUUCCCCUCUGUGUUGACCCUGUGUGCGUGCACGCCGCCCCUACCGGAGGUUCUGCAUCUCUGGGACUUCCUAUUCGCCUACGGACCACAUCUGAAUAUUUUAUGCAUCGUUGCGCAAUUGAUCCGAAUGAGAGAUAUGAUUCUCGAGAGUCCAAGUCCCAACAAAGUCCUCCGCUCCUUUCCUCCUCUCGACGCCAAGGAGAUCAUAGCCUUGACCGUCUUGCUGGUCCGCAAGAUUCCCGAACCGCUCUACGCCGAACUAAUCAACCACGCUAAAUGA